GGAUCAGAAGACAUGCAGGCCUACGUAGAAAGUAAAAUAUUCUCAAAAGAAUAUUUGAAAUACAAACAUGGUCGGGAUUAUAAACAGGAGUCUAGAUCACCUUAAUAAUACAAGUCAACUUUCUUCCCAGUCAUCAAGUUUUCAUCAACACCAUAUCGGCGACGUUUGUACUGCAGGAAAGCCUUACAAAUGUGACCACUGUAAUAAAUGUUUCUCUAAGCACGGCACUUUAAGAAGACAUUUUGUAACUCACACAGGAGAAAAACCUUAUAUAUGUGAUACAUGUGGUAAAUGUUUCACACAGUUUUGUAAUUUACAAAGACAUAAGGCAAUUCAUACAGGAGGAAAGACUUACAAAUGCGACCAAUGUGGAAAAUGUUUCACAGAGAAAAACAGUUUACAAAGACACCAUAUAAUUCAUACAGGAGAAAAACCUUUCAAGUGUGACAAAUGUGUUAAGUGUUUUAAAGAUGUUGGCACUUUUAAAAGACACCAUAGAAUUCACACUGGAGAAAAGCCUUUUAAGUGUGACAUAUGUGGUAAAUGUUUCACACAAUCUUAUAAUGUACACAGACACAAGAAAAUUCAUACAGGAGAAAAGCCUCACAAGUGUUAUCAAUGUGGUAAUUGUUUCACCCAGCUUUGCAUUUUACAGAGACACCUUAGAACUCACAUAGGAGAAACAUCUUUAAUUUGUGACAAAUGUGGUAAAUGUUUUAAAAAACUCUACAAAUUACAAAGACACCUUAGAGUUCAUUCCAGAGAAAAACACAUGUGUGACAAGUGUGGAAAAUGUUUUACAUUAAAUAAUGCAUUUCAGAGACACCUUAUAACUCAUGCAGAAGAAAAGCCUUACAAGUGUGACAGUUGUGAUAAGUGUUUCAAACAGCUCCCUGAUUUACGGAGCCACCAUACAAUCCAUACAGGAGAAAAGCCUUACAUGUGUAAAAAAUGUGGUAAAUGUUUUAGAAGAAGUAAUGUAUUACACGACCACUUAAGAAUUCAUACAGGAGAAAAGCCUUACAUGUGUAAGAUAUGUGGUAAAUGUUUUUCAAAGCUUGGUCACUUGAUGAGUCAUCUUAGAAUUCAUAAACGAGAAAAAUCAGUGCGACAAGUGAUGUAACAGUUUUAAGCGGACCUAUACAAUUCACACUUUAGAAAAGCCUUAUAAGCGGUAAAUGUUUCUUUCCAAGUACUACUCUACAUUAAAUAACCAUGGUAGAAUUCACACAGGAGAAAAGCCUUUUAAAAGCGGUAAACGCUUCUUUCAAAGUACUACGUGAUAAUUGUGAUACAUUUUUUUAAAACAAAGAGACUCUUUACAGAAGCACUUUACACAUAUGGUAAAUGUUUUACCUUUACAGAAGCAUCAUGAUUUUUCUUUCUUCAGAAGCUUAAUAUUUAUUAACUAAUAUUAACCAUCAAAGAACCAGCAAAUAAAAGCCUUUCCUUGAACAUCUCAUUUAGAUGUGUCACCUGUAGGGUCAUCUGAUAUGUACUGCUGGUAUAGUUGAUGGCCUUUCUUUUGAAAUAGUGUUAACAUUUUAAUUCGUGUUGCCUGUUACUAUUGUUAGUAUUAAAAUUUAA